CCAGAGAGAGAAGGAGAGAGAGAGAAGUGUGUCACACUGUACGGCUCGCGAUCAAUACAAGCACAUUUACAUCCGCAUUUGCACACACAAACGCACACACACAAGGUGCGAGGAACACUAAACAGAAAGCUGCAAAAAGAAAAAAAAAGGCCACAAAAGCAAAGAGUCGAAUCGAAACAUGCCGUGCAGACGACGGCGAAGUCAUAAAUCAUAAAGCGCGAAAAUGAGUUCGGAAUAUGAUCGCCCUUACUGCUGCCACAGACACUUAAAUAACACAUUUCGGAUUAUAAGGAUUAAUAAUGCAGUACUAGACGUAACUCUUAGGCCAUUUCAUAAAGUAAACUGUUGCACCCAAGGACACGGGACUUGUACAUCCAGACAAAUGCGGAAGAAACGAUAUAAACACAACACAGAAAUAGAUAACUCCGGAUAUGGAGCACGGACUACCAGUGGUACCAGUGAGGUACGGGGGAGUUGCGGGGGAUCACUCCGGUGUAUCGGUGGUGGAAGUGGAUUUACUCUUUCGUGUUCUGGGGAGCAGAGGAAUAUAUCACGUUUAUUGGGACGGUCGGGUGUUGCCAUGGUGAAUUUAUUAUGGAGUUUGCUACUUCUUGCCAGUUUUGCCUUUGUGCCAGUGACAUGCCAGAGCAUAAUGGUGACGGUCUACCCAGAAACUGUCCAGGUAACUGAGGGAUCCAGUGCAACUCUCCAUUGUAAUUAUACCAUGCCCUCCAUUGCCUCAAGCCUAGACCAGGCUCUAAACCAGGACCUAGACCAGGAGCUAGAACCAGAACAGUCUAACCAGGAACAAACGGUCACAUGGUUAAAAGAUGGCGUCGUCCUUAGGACUUAUACCGGUGACCUUGCCAUAGUUUCCCAGAGUGGUGGUAGGGUGAGCUUGGUGGCCCCAGCAUCGCUGAGGAUAUCGAGUGUUGUUGAUGAGGACAGUGGAUCGUACACCUGCAUGAUUGAGCAACGAGGUCUGAUGGGGUCGGCAGCAGCUACUCUUCAUGUUCAAGGGAGACUUCCUGUUCUCUUGGGUCACAAAGGCCGUUCUGAGGCAAGUUUCCUGGCAGGAGAAACACUACGGUUACAGUGUAAAGGGUCAUAUCCACUUCACUGGACCUAUCAUACAGGAAUUGAUCACAGUAAAAUCUCCAUCAGGUCUAAGCUUACCCCUAUACCAGAAUCAUCCUCUUGGAACGAGAGUAGUGUGCUGGUAAUCAUCAAUGCAACAGCCUCGGACUCCGGAUAUUUCACCUGCUCGCAUACCCAUGACAGUCAAGACUUUUCCAGGGAAAUAUAUGUUUAUAUUAAUGCCACCGAUGCCAACAGUUUAUUCUUGCCAAGUGACAUCACCAAUAUCACCCUGUACGCCCUGGACCCCUUUGUUCUGCCAUGUCGCGUCUCAAUACCCUCAUUUGACGUGAAUAUUAUCCUGGCGAAUGGUGAUGCGGUACCGCAGGAUGAAUUACCUCCUUACAAUGAUAGGGUGGGGUUUAGCGUGAGUGGCGAGGACGCAUACAAGUAUGAAGGUAGCGUGGCCUGCGUAGCCGUAUUCGAUGGAUUGCAAGUUGAGCAGACAUACCUCGUGCAGAUAAUAAGAAAACCCAUCAUUGUGAAUUCAACUCAAGACGUCACAAUCCCAGAAUACACUACACUCACCCUGGUGUGUGAGGGCGCCCUGCCACUUAUAUGGGUCCACGAGCUCCCUGACAUGGAAAUAGAUAUCCUCAUCUCCACAUUAAGGCGACCAAAUGGAGACUUGUAUUACAGGAGUAUCUUGAAUAUAGAAAGCGCGACGUACGGGAACACAGGGUAUUUUUCCUGCUUCUACCUGCGAUACAUCAAUGUAAAUGAUCUUUCUCUAAGAACAUCUGUCUACGUCUUUGUCAGCAGUUAUGAUGAAGAUCGCAUCUUCCUUCCAAAGUAUGCUAUUGAGUCUAUUGAUUACAACAAGGCAACUCCGAUGACCGUGCCCUGUCGGAUAUCCAACCCGAAUCUGGAUGUGACAUUUGAAGUAUACUUCAAGGACACCGGCGCGGAAUUCACAAACUUCUACUGGACGCCUUCUUAUGAUAAAAAGGUUGGAUUCACACUCACACCGACCGGUGAAACCAUAGAUGGCAUAGCUCUCAUCUUCACCUGCUAUUCAACUGUUGUCAAUGGCAAUCAAUCUGAUACCAACGGUGGCAUUAACGUGGCAUCAAUUUCCAUGUUCUUGGGGGAUUCUGAAAAACCAAUAUUAAACUUGGAACUGGGACAAGAUAAAGAAGAGGUAAUUGCCAACAAGGAGGGUUUUGAACUGACGUGUCGUGCGUUUAUACAAUUCUCUCUGCUCUUUCUUCCCAACGCUCAGGAUUACAUACCCAGAUUUGCAUGGGUGGGACCAGGGGAAACGAGACCAGAGAAUGUACUAGAGCUUGAACCUGACCCUAACAGCUAUGUAACAGAUUACAUAGCUGGAUUUACGUACUACAAAAACAAAUUUGUUGAGAAUGCCUCUGUGGAUGACAAUGGGAUCUACACAUGUUAUGCAGCAAAUAUUGGGGCUGAGGCAGAGGAAACCAUAUCCGUUCAAGUGCAUGCGAGAGGAUAUGCUGACAUCAGUCACCGAUUCAACGUCUCUGACCCGACCACGAACCUGACGGCCAUCGUUAAUCACGACAAGUGCAUCUGGUUCGAUGUACCCGCUUACCCUCCACCCAAAUUCAGGGUUUCUCCUCCAAGGAAUUGGGUCCUGACUAUGGAUGAGAGCUCCAAGGUCCUCAACAUGUGCAGUUCAAACGUCUCGGAAGCUCACGAAGGAGACUAUACUGUGUAUGUGUGGAAUGACUACCAGAACGCCAGUAUUACCUUCUUCUUUACAGUGCAAGUACCGCCGAGGUCUUCCAUUGCAAUUAAUCCUGCACCGGUCACGCUGUUCAAUUCUUCAAUAAAAGGCUUUGUUAUGGGAACGACAUAUACCUUGGAGUGCAAAUCUACAGGAAAGCCAAAACCAAUGGUGUAUUGGUUGUUUCAAAGAUGUCCAACGGACCCGAGUGUAGAUCCAGAUUGUGUAGCCAGUGAUCGCUGGGAGAAAGUACAGGCAACUACAAUGUCAAGUGUGGAGUAUUCCAGCGAUGACAGCAUUGCUACGCUGAUCGUUGAGGCUCAGGAGUGGACAUUGUUCCGCUGCACAGUGUGGUCUCCGUCGGAGUUCUUUCAAGACGUCCAUCAAGACGUCGAUUUCAAAAUCCUUGAUUCUGAGAGAGGUGUGCGCAUAUCAACAGACUCCGACGUGGCCUUUAUUGGUGACGAUCUCACUCUGGAAUGCCAUGCUACUGCGUUCUUCUUCACCGAGAUCAAAUGGUUCUUCGUCAACCCCAAUGGCACUGAUCGUUGGUUAAACAGCUCCACGCCAAAGUACAACUCCUAUUCUCUUGUUUCAAGUCUGCGUGUCAGCAACAUCACGAGUAAUGAUGCGGGAUCGUACGUGUGUGUUGCAAUCAGUGGUGAUAAUCCAGAUUGGGAGAAAAACACAACACAGGUCAUCGAUGUCAGAGAGGUGAGCGAGCCAGAGAUUAUCAGAUCAUCUGAUGAUCCUACGGCUAUCAGCCUGGAUCGCAUGAAAGAGAACCUCCACAUCCAAUGCCUUGCCAGAGGGCUCCCUCGUCCAAGCCUGAGCUUAUACUUCACCCAAGCAGACCCCAUUCUGCUUGAGGAUGCUGUCGUCGGGGGCAACGCAUCUGUGGUGUGGCUGAACUAUGAGGUGGUACGGCCGCCCUUAGCCAUGGGUGGGAGUUAUGAAUGCAUUGCAGAGAGCAGAGGUGGAGAGGUCCGACAGACAUAUCAAGUGUCUAUAACAGAAUCUCCUGAAUUAAAGAUUGGAAUACUGAGCUCUGCAGUCAAAGUAGGAGACAAUGUCACUAUCAGUUGUUUGGUAGUGAGAGGGUUCCCUAUUCCAAUGGUUCAGUUGAAGAAAGAGAAUGUUCCAGUAUCCCUCUCGCAAGGCAUCGGUAAUAUCUCCUACACGCUCACAGCUCAAGCCAGUGAUGGAGGAAAAUACUAUUGUAAAGCACUUGAUGCCAACGCUACCUCUGAUUCCAUUGAGCUAGUAAUUGAUAAAGCACCACCAGGCACUUUGCAGAAGGUCAUGCCUUAUCUCCUCUCCUCUGUAUGUUUGAUAAUCCUCAUCAUAUUACUUUACUUCGUAUGGAAGUGUCGGCGGAGACCGAAAGUCCGUCGAGCAUCGCGACUACCUCCUAUGGAGAUGCCACGCCUUGGUAGUAACAGGCGAUCGAUUUAUUCAGUGAGCGAUGAUCCAUAUGAGAACAUGGCAUACAAUCAACGAUGGGAGUUUCCCAGAGAAAGAUUAAAACUUGGAGGUAUUAUUGGGAAAGGAGCUUUUGGUCUAGUCAUCAAAGCUGUUGCUGUAGGCAUCGACGGCACUGAGAAGAACAUAACCGUUGCAGUCAAGAGACUCAAAAGCGGAGCCUCAUCCCAGGAGAAGAAAGCUUUGUGGGCGGAACUCAAGAUGCUCGGUCACAUUGGGAAACAUCUCAAUGUUGUUAACUUUCUUGGUGCUUGUACUCAAAAUGGCCCUGUCUUGGCAAUUGUGGAAUACUGUUGUCGUGGAAACCUAUUGGACUUUCUUCGUUCUAAGAGGAAAUACUUCACAGAGACCCCUGAAGGCACCGGUAGUCAGAGUCACACGGGCCAUUCUAGCAGUACCGGGACUAGCAGUAAUUUCCAGACCUCGUCAGGAAGUGAGAGGCGGAUGAAGGCUGUCUAUGAUCAGGUGAUUCCAGAGGAGCUUGCAUCUCCUCUUCAAGAUGAUCCUAUUGAUGGCCAAGAUCUUCUUUGUUACAGCUUUCAAGUAGCAAGGGGCAUGGAGUUCCUAGCUUCUAAAAAAGUAAUUCAUCGUGAUUUGGCAGCCAGGAAUGUACUUGUGACAGAAAACUACACGGUCAAGAUAUGUGACUUUGGACUUGCUAAACACCUGUAUGAUGACCCAGACUAUGUUGCUAGUGGAAAGCAAGGUCGUCUACCGAUCAAAUGGAUGGCUCCAGAAUCUAUUUUUGAUAAAGUAUUCACAACAUACAGCGAUGUAUGGGCAUAUGCUGUCUUCCUUUGGGAAGUAUUUUCUCUUGGUGGUUCGCCUUAUCCUGGUAUUCAGAUCGAUGAGCAGUUCUACAACAAGAUAAAGAAUGGAUAUCGCAUGAAUGCACCCGAUUAUGCGCCGGCAGGAGUUUAUGACACAAUGUUGGAAUGUUGGACCCCGGAUCCUGAAGCAAGACCUUCGUUCAGUAUCCUGGCUGUAAGGUUAGGGGAUAUGUUAGAAGCAAAUGUAAGAUCAGAAUAUAUAGAGCUGAAUAUGCCAUAUGAACAAGUUAACCACACGGCAUCCAAUGAGCUUCCGUCUCCACAUGAGGACACGCCCCUUUUGGGACCCAAUCCACCUCCUGCUUUCAAACCCACACCAGUGAACAGCGCCCCCAAUACUCCCCCUCCUCCAACCCGCAUGGUACGGAGUGACGCAAGUGAUUCCUCGCAAGACGUUUCACGUACCCCCGACCUAUCGCCUCCUGUCAGAGGACUCGAGGCUCGGCCAUUUUUGCCAAAGGACGAUGCCCCAAAGAAAACGACUGUUCAGGAUGUAAAUGAACUAGAAGAGGGGAGGAAUACCCCGGAAGAUGAUGUCUUUCUCACCACGGAAGUUACAACUAAUGGAUUAAAAGGUUUCACUGUAAAUGCACAAAACACAUGGUUAUGACGUAUGACCUAUCCCCGCUUCGCUUGCACCUCUGUUCUUUUGUUUGCCUUCAUCACCACGACCUCACAUCCUCUCUAUCGCUUUCAACGUUCUCUUCAAAAUGUGUCGUCUUGUUUUGCUUGUGUGGUACUUCAAACCCCAUCCGGCAUUCUUUUGUUUCCGAAAAGCUCCCGUUUUGCAUGUCAUAUUAAUGUUUUGCAUCUCAUUGUGUUCUGUUGUGCCACUUUUGUAGCUUGUGCUUGCAUGUUGAAUUCUGUUGUCGAUCCCGAAGAUAAAUUUUCUUUUGAUUUUACACUUUGUUUUACAGAAAGAAACUGCUCCCUUUCUAUUAUUUCAAUCAAUGUUAGUAUAUUUCUACUUUUGUAUUGUUAUUUAUUUCUAUGUGCAGUCUAUACCCACUCUCUUCAUCUUAUUCUAGUAUUCAUUUAAUUUUAUUUAUUUAUAUUUUUCUUUAGAUCAGACUAAAAUCAUGAGGGAACAGUAUCACAGAAAAAGUCAUAUUUAUAUUCUUUUCAUUCAGAUUUAAUAGAAUAUAUCCCUGAUUAUUUUUUUUCCUUGAUUCAAGAAGCUCAUCUUGUUUCUUGUUUUCUUUUUAGCUAGUCCUUGAUUUUUUAUUACGGAAAUGUUUCUUUUAAUAAGGCACGAUCAUUUAUGUUUUUAGAUUUUCUUACUGAAAUUUUACUUUGUUUUUUUAAUGUAGCACAAUCAUUUGUUACAUUGUAAGUUCAUCAUAUCCCCAAAUUAUUUAUUAAGUCUUCUUAAUGUCGCAAUAUUCCAUGUUUCAUUUUUCUGUUUUUAUAUUAUAUUUUCUUUACACCUUGUGAUAUUUCUUUAGAGAAGGAAGAAAUCAAUGAAUGAUAAUGUUCUGCUCAUCGUACUUACACUAAAUUGAGUCAAAUUUAGUAAAACUUAAACCUGAAAAAUGUCAGGUUUUAUAUUUUUAAUAUGAAUAAGCUUUUAGAAGUUUGUUUCACUUCAGCUAUGUAAGAAGAAUGUGCAAUAGCUUAGGGGUAAAUAUAGUAUACAAAUAAUUUUUUUGUAGGAUUUUUACCAGUACAUCUUUGCCACAAGUACGAUAGUAGCGUAAUAUUUCUUUUUGAUAUUUAUGUAUACAUGUAAUAUACAAUGUACAUGUGAUGAUUCAGGGAAUUUAUAUGUUUUUACCAUUUGCCAAAGGGCCAUGAAAAUAAAUUCAUGUUCAAUGCAAACUUGAAGGAUAAGUUUGGUAAAAAUACUUUCAUCUUAACACAUUAAUCAUUCCUGGAUGAAAUGGAGUAAGUAUGGGUGCAUUUAAGUGUGUGAUACACUGGGAAAAUCAUUGGUGUCAAAACUACACCGCUAGUGCUUAGAGGUCUGAAUCAUGCAUAUACACCAGAUUUUUACUUAGUGUUACAUGUUGUUCAACAUGCACCCAUUUGUGUUGACACAUUCUGGUUGUUCUAUUAACCAGGGGUGUGAGUUCUUUUUUUUUUAAGCUGAUUUCACUUUUUGUUUUUGUUAAUUUCAGCUUGUUUUCA